AUGUCUAAAAGAAAGCUCGGUGAAUACACGACCAUUAGCAACGGCCAUGUAAAGUCGGAACGCACCUUGACCGCAUUCGAGGUAGCACGGGCUCGACUUCAAGCAGCUGAAUCUGCAGAUGCAAAGGCGGUAUUGACAGAACCCACUUUUGAUGAUGGAGACUCUCCAUAUGAAUCGAAUGAUGAAGAUGGUGCUACGAUCAUCUCUUCGGAUGCCAUCCCAGUCGAUGACUCUGGAGUUUCCAGGGAGGAUCAGAAAGUCAUGUCAACUUGGCUAGCCUCGGACCAAUCAAUCCUCAACAGCGAUGCAUUCAGCGUAACACUUCGCAUGAAGUAUCAUGAUCGACUUGCCAACCUUGGAACAUACUCUUUACGAGUACUUCGUGGGACAGUAUCCAUGCUCGGUGCUGAUUUUACCAACAAGAGCCCAGCCCAGCGAGUGCUGGCGAGCGCAACUCAAGCACUCCCGCUAAUUGUUUGCACUUCGACUACAGGUGCAGAUAUCUUACUCUUCAAUCUCCGCCGACCUAUGCAAGCACUUUGUCGUAUUUCUCCGUUAUAUAGGUCUCUGUGGAAUACAGAAGCUAUACAGAGUCCAGAAGAUGCGAGCUCUCGACGUUCAUUUGACAGAAUCGACCGCAGCGAUCAGGAUCCUCUUGGGCGUCCACUUACCGCGCUCCACGUUCCUGAAAGUGUCAAGGAUGUACUUGUCGCUGGUAUUAACGCUAAAGAUCCCCCAGUAAUUCUGGUCGCAGGCCCGAGGCAAUGUGGAAAAUCAACAUUCAUCAAGCUACUGCUCAAUAACAUCUUGAGCCGCAACCAGAGCCACUCCGCUCAGAACCCUGGUUCAAAGCGGACAACAGUGCUGGUACUGGAUCUUAAAUACCAAUGUCCAGCGUAUACGCCCCCUGGGCAAAUAUCUCUCGUUGAGAUAUAUAAGGACUCGUACGAAGCGGCCCAUUGUCAAUCCUACAGACCUGAUAACUCAUAUCGUCGAACCUUGCGAGCCCAUGCAAUGUCUAAAGAGCUAUGGGAAGACGAUCCAACUUAUUCCACAAAGUGUGUGGCGGACUUGUUGUCAUACUGUGGCAUGUCUCUGUACGCAAAACCACCUUUGAUAAUCAACACGAACGCCUACCGCUCGACCUCAGACUUGUAUAGUCUUGUGAGCUUGUCAAAGGAGGCAUGUGUAACGCGAUUCAUCCUUAUGGGCUUGGACCCCUACCAUGAAGGCUUACUGCGUGACGCACUACCGAUAACAAUGCAGGGUAAAUACGACGUCAUUAGGUUACCAAGUCUCGGGAUUAUAAACCGAGUUCGGAGCGAGCAACAGCUGCAAGCUAUACAGAUCAUGAGCUACUUUCACGAAAGGGCGCUAUAUUCCUCUAUCGAUACCUCUGAAUGGGAUCCUACACCUCUCGACAAUUUACCACGCUUCGUCGUCAGCUAUGGUGGGUGUUCGCGCGGCUUUGCAGGAAUCAUCUUAUCGCCUUCUAUCGUUACGUCUCUCAGACAUGUCGUUCUUGAAGGGAGUAUCGUUACCCUUAUCGCCACCGAAGAUCCAGCAUUCACUGCUCAAUAUCAAAACUCGCUGGAGCCCGGAGUUCACUCGCUACCAUACAUAGCAAAAAACGAUAUGGAUUUUGUAAUGCCCGACCCUACUUGUUCUUGUGUCGUUGGUAUGGCUAUCGUGGCACGCAUCGAUUUCAACAGUAAAACAAUUGAAUUGAUCAUACCACGCUUAUGUGAAGAAUCAUUGAGCAAAUACAAGCCCGAAAAUAUCGUUCUACUCCAUGGAUGUUUUCCCAAUCCGGACUGGGCAUACAAAGAACGAUUAUCUGCAGAUCGGCAUGAUGUUGCUGCAAAAUCGAGCGUUCUGGACAAUGCUGAUAAUCGCUGGGCCACAUCGCAAUGGAGCCGUCGCAAAAGCGUUCUGGGCGAAUAUCAAGAUCGAACACCAUGA